AUGUGUACAUCCCGUGCGCCUGCCUUGUUCGCACAUAUUUUGUUUCCUGUGUGUAAAGGGUGUGGCAAACCAAAGCAAGCGUGUGCAAUGUGUAGGCAAGAGAUCCCGGCCGAUUUCCUCGACCACCCAACUCUGCUCUCCUCCAUAGAGGCGGAGAAGGAAGAGGUCCUGCCGGGAGGCUACCAGUGGUUUUAUGAAGGACGAAAUGGGUGGUGGCGCUAUGAUGAACGCACAAAUACUGAUAUAGAGGAGGCUUAUGCGCAAGGGGAAACGUCGCUCACCCUCCUCAUAGCUGGGUACAACUAUGACAUUGACCUAACCAACAUGAAACAAGCCCGUGCAGACUGUCCCGGCCUGCGCAGACGCAUCAAGCGGGAUGUGGUGUCCUCCUCGGCCAAGGGCACAGCGGGUCUAUCGACCAAGCUGUUCAGGGGCCAGGGCGGGCGUGGACGUAGCAGGGGUCGCAAGAGGAAAAGUGAUGACAAAGAUUAGAUCAUAUGAAACCACACUGGCUUUAGCAUACCCUGACAAGGAGUAAAUAGAUGACAGAUAAGUAGAAGUUCACAAAGGAAAAAAGAAAAUAAGGAAAACUAAGAAAGAAAAGCCAUCGUGGUUUAUGAUGUUCUUAUUUUAAGGUUGAAUAUAUGUAUGUGUAUCUUAAGGAAUUUUUUGUUUAUUAUAUUUUUAAGAAAAAAAGUGAAGAAUUUAAUAGUUUUAGCAUAUAUAUUGGAGAUCAGUAAUCUAACACUUUUAAUGAAAAUCAGAUGCAGUGAAUUGCAUUCAUUUUAUUUAUGUGUGGAUACCUACAGUAAGACCAGAUUUGAUAUGCAUUAGAAGUAAAAACAGAUAAGCACAGUGGAUUAGAUUUUUACUGGUUUGCUGUAACCUCAUAAAAGUUCAUAUUCUGUCAUUGCAAUGUGUAAACCUCAAUAAAGUAAAAAUCUUUCUGCUCUUUUUAUGAUCAUUUGAUAUUAGCAGACAUGUUUGAUUAGUCCACACAUUCACCCAGUGAUUUUGCCGUAGAAAUUGUAGAAUAACUAAAAUUUCAACCUAGAAGUUUCAAAGUACUAGUCUACAGAGUUAUAAAAUGGCCAAAUUUUAACCCAUAAGCUUUCAAAUAAUGGUAAUAAACAGCUGAAUUAUCAAUAUAGAAUUCAACUAUUUUGGUGCAUCUUUUUUUCGUGUCUGGUUUUCUGUUUGCCCGAGAGAUUGAAGAACAUUUUCGUAUGUAUUGAUAGAAUGUACAAAUACCCGAAGGAGCUAACUUGCAAAAUACAUAAAUUGCCAGCUUCUUUAAUCCUUUGUGCUGAGAUGGCAGGACUCACAUGCCAUGUCCUCUGUGAUAUUAGUUUAUUAAUUGUGUUUUUACAUAAUGGCUCCACAAGUACUUAGUCAUGAAGGAUUUGAUUACUGGCCCUACUUAUCUCACCCGUAUACCCCUUUCCUUGAUUUUCAGAAAUAUUCUUUUUUGUUUUCUUUUGCUGUUAGUAUUUUCACGAUCAUAAUCACAUUGUUAAUUAUAUUAAUAAU